UUUACUAGGAAACAUUGUUUCCCCGCGGGAGAGUUCGGGAGCGCGCGGAAACGCGCGCGCGCACACACAUUCACUCAUUGACACACACACGCUUACACACACGCGCGCGCGCGCGCGCGCGCUCCUUCUCAACUGCAUCCCCAAACCCGCAGAGCGAAGCAACUGCGAUUUCUCUUAACCCAGCAUCGUGGGGCGAAGCAGAGCCAUUGUGCAUCAGGGAAAGCCCGGUGCCUGAGCUGCUGCCUCGGGUACAUAGCCCUGCAGACCGCUCACCCCAUCGGCUGGAAUGCUUGCCAGUUCUGCUGCAAACGUCUAAGGCUGAGACGCGAGGAACCCAGCUGGAGAAUGCCGUCUGAACGCUGCCUCAGUAUUCAAGAGAUGCUGACAGGCCAGAGGCUCUGCCACUCGGAAUCUCACAACGACAGUGUCCUGGCCGCGCUGAACCAGCAGAGAAGUGACGGCAUCCUCUGCGAUGUCACGCUGAUCGCCGAGGAGCAGAAGUUCCACGCUCACAAGGCGGUCCUGGCGGCCUGCAGCGACUAUUUCCGGGCAAUGUUCAGCCUUUGUAUGGUGGAAAGCGGAGCCGAUGAAGUGAAUUUACAUGGUGUGACCAGCCUUGGCUUAAAGCAGGCCCUGGAGUUUGCAUACACAGGACAGAUUUUGUUGGAGCCAGGCGUGGUCCAGGAUGUGUUAGCAGCUGGCAGUCACCUGCAGCUGUUGGAGCUUCUCAAUUUAUGUUCCCACUAUCUCAUCCAGGAAUUAAAUAUCUUUAAUUACUUGGAUCUGUACAGACUCGCUGACCUCUUUAACCUCACUUUGUUGGAGAAGGCAGUGAUCGAUUUCUUAGUGAAGCACCUCUCUGAACUCCUGAAGAGCCGCCCCGAAGACGUUCUAACGCUCCCCUAUUGCCUGCUCCAGGAGGUCCUGAAGAGCGACCGCCUGACCUCCCUGAGUGAGGAGCAGAUCUGGCAGCUAGCCGUGAGGUGGUUGGAACACAGCUGCCAUUACCAGUACAUGGAUGAGCUCCUGCAGUAUAUCCGCUUUGGCCUGAUGGAUGUGGAUACGCUCCAUACAGUUGCCCUGUCCCACCCCCUCGUCCAGGCAAGUGAGACUGCAACAGCUCUUGUCAACGAGGCCCUGGAAUACCACCAGAGCAUCUACGCACAGCCCGUGUGGCAGACUCGCAGGACCAAACCAAGGUUCCAGUCAGAUACUCUAUAUAUCAUCGGUGGGAAAAAACGUGAGGUCUGUAAAGUCAAGGAGCUGCGGUACUUCAAUCCUGUCGAUCAGGAGAAUGCUCUCAUAGCUGCCAUUGCCAACUGGAGUGAGCUGGCCCCCAUGCCCGUGGGAAGGAGCCACCACUGUGUGGCAGUCAUGGGGGACUUCCUGUUUGUGGCAGGAGGGGAAGUGGAGCAUGCCAGUGGCCGGACCUGUGCUGUGAGGACUGCCUGUCGCUAUGACCCCCGCAGUAAUUCUUGGGCAGAGAUAGCACCCAUGAAAAACUGCCGGGAGCAUUUUGUGCUGGGUGCCAUGGAUGAGUACCUCUAUGCGGUUGGGGGCAGGAAUGAGCUGCGCCAGGUUCUGCCUACAGUUGAGCGAUAUUGCCCCAAGAAGAACAAAUGGACUUUUGUGCAGUCCUUUGACCGAUCCCUUUCAUGUCACGCUGGCUAUGUGGCAGAUGGUCUUCUUUGGAUAUCAGGUGGAGUAACUAACACCGCACAGUAUCAGAACAGACUAAUGGUAUAUGAACCUAACCAGAAUAAGUGGAUAAGCCGCAGCCCCAUGCUACAGAGAAGGGUCUACCAUUCCAUGGCAGCUGUCCACAGGAAGCUUUAUGUCCUUGGCGGCAAUGACCUGGACUAUAACAACGACCGGAUCCUGGUGCGGCACAUAGAUUCUUACAACAUAGACACCGACCAAUGGACGCGUUGUAAUUUCAACCUGUUGACUGGCCAAAAUGAAUCUGGAAUUGCUGUCCAUAAUGAGAGAAUAUAUUUAGUUGGUGGAUAUUCAAUUUGGACAAAUGAGCCUCUGGCUUGUAUCCAGGUAUUGGAUGUAAGUAGAGAAGGCAAAGAAGAAGUAUUCUAUGGGCCUACACUCCCUUUUGCUUCCAAUGGAAUAGCAGCAUGCUUCCUUCCAGCUCCCUAUUUCACAUGCCCUAAUCUUCAAACUCUUCAAGUGCCUCAUCAUAGGAUUGGCACCAUCUGAAAAGCCAGUGCUGUUAAUAACCAUCGUGAACAGGAGGGGGAAAAAAGCCUCACUUUUGAAUACUGGGCAUGAAAAGACUCAGUGCUCAA